AUGUUGGGUUCACGGGUAUUGCCCUUCGCACCGAUUUCCUCAGUUCAGCGAACCGAUCCCAAUUCGAAGUCUUCUUCUUCAACUUGUUCCAAGAUACCACGAAACACUGUUCUUCCUUUGCCUUGCUCUUCAACCUCUACAGCUUCGCCUUCCAUUGAUGCCACCAGCAAUAGCUCUGAAGAACUCAACCACAGUGAUAAUGAGAAUCGCAAGAGUGCCACUGCGCAGAAGUUCACAUAUAGCAGAGCCUCCCCUUCAAUCAGAUGGCCCCACUUGAAGCUCUCAGAGAUGUACCCAUCUACACAUACGCAUGUGGAAGACAGGGAAGUUUCUUCAUCCGUUGAGAAUGCAGGGUUUUCUGAGGCCAAAGAGGAAACCCAGGAGGACCUCGAUAAUGUUUCCCCUAGUGAUGUGAACGAUGAAUCACAGGAAACGUUGGGGAGGCGUAGCAAGACGAGGGUAAAGAAAAUGAAUAAAUUGGCGCUGAUAAGAGCAAAAGAUUGGAGGGAGAGAGUACAGUAUUUGACAGAUAGGAUUCUAGCUUUAAAGUCCGAGGAUUUCGUAGCGGAUGUGUUGGACGAUCGGAAGGUUCAGAUGACGCCAACUGAUUUUUGCUUUGUGGUGAAAUGGGUUGGGCAAAAGAGCUGGCAACGUGCACUUGAAGUCUAUGAAUGGUUGAAUUUGCGGCAUUGGUACUCGCCGAAUGCGAGGAUGCUUGCGACAAUCUUGUCGGUGCUGGGGAAAGCUAAUCAAGAAGCGUUAGCUGUGGAAAUAUUCACGCGGGCGGAGUUAGACAUGGAAAAUACAGUCCAAGUAUAUAAUGCAAUGAUGGGUGUCUAUGCACGGAACGGUCGAUUCAAGAAGGUACAAGAGCUGCUUGAUUUAAUGCGUGAACGAGGAUGCGAACCAGACCUGGUGAGUUUCAAUACUUUGAUUAACGCCAGGAUGAAGUCUGGUGCUAUGGUGCCUGAUUUAGCUCUUCAACUUUUAGAUGAAGUUAGGAGAUCAGGUAUUAGACCAGACAUAAUUACUUAUAAUACCCUUAUAAGUGCUUGCUCAAGAGAGUCGAAUUUGGAGGAAGCAAUCAAGAUUUUUAAUGACAUGGAGAAAAACAAGUGUCAACCUGAUCUGUGGACAUACAAUGCUAUGAUUUCAGUAUACGGUAGGUGUGGCCAUUCUGGGAAAGCUGAGCAUCUCUUUAAAGAACUGGAAUCUAAAGGAUUUUUCCCUGAUGCAGUAACGUAUAAUUCCUUAUUGUAUGCUUAUUCAAGAGAAGGAAAUGCAGAGAAGGUUAGGGAUUUUUGUGAAGAAAUGGUGAAAAUUGGGUUGGGUAAGGAUGAGAUGACAUACAAUACUAUCAUAAACAUGUAUGGGAAGCAAGGCCAGUGUGACCAGGCACUACAGCUUUACAGAGACAUGAAAUUAUCUGGCCAAAAUCCAGAUGCUGUUACGUAUACUGUUUUAAUUGAUUCACUUGGAAAGGCAAAUAAAAUUGUGGAAGCUGCAAAUGUGAUGUCUGAAAUGUUGGAUGCAGGAGUGAAGCCCACUUUGCAUACUUAUAGUGCUUUGAUAUGUGCUUAUGCCAAGGCUGGAAAGAGAGUGGAGGCCGAGGAGACAUUUAAAUGCAUGGUUAAGUCAGGGAUCAAAGCUGACCGUUUAGCCUAUUCAGUUAUGUUGGAUAUCUUUAUGAGGUUCAAUGAGGUAAAAAAGGCAAUGAUGUUGUAUAAGGAAAUGGUUCGUGAAGGCUUCACACCAGAUAAUACCCUUUAUGAGACCAUGUUACGAGUUCUUGUGAGGGAAAACAAGUGGGAAGUUGUUGAUGACAUUGUAAGUGAUCUUGAAGAACGAAGUGGUAUGAAUCCACAAGUUCUUUGUUCUGUUCUUAUAAAAGGAGAAUGUUUCGAUCAUGCUGCUAAAAAAUUGAAAGUUGCCAUCUGCAAGGGCUAUGAAUUGGAUCAUGAGACUCUAUUAUCAAUUAUGAGUAAAUAUAGUUCUUCCGCAAGAUAUUCAGAAGCAUGUGAACUGCUCGAGUUCCUGAAAGAGCAUGCUCCAGACUCGAGUCAACUGCUAACUGAGGCACUUAUCAUUAUACUUUGCAAGGCUCAAAAGUUAGAUGCUGCUUUGGAGGAAUAUAGAAAUAAUGGGGCCCUUGGUUGGUUCAGGAGAGGUUAUACUAUGUACGAGUCUCUUAUUCUGGAAUGCAAGCAGAAUGACCUCUUUGAGGUGGCUUCUCAGAUUUUUGCUGACAUGAGAUUCCAUGGCCUAGAGCCGUCUAUCUGUCUGUAUCAGUGCAUGGUGUUUGUCUACUGUAGAAUGCAAAUCCCAGAGACAGCCCACCACUUGCUGUAUUAUGCAGAAAAAAAGGGUAUCGUACUUGAUAAUGUGUCUGUUUAUAUUGAUAUCAUUGAGACGUAUGGAAAGUUAAAGCUAUGGCAAAAGGCAGAAAGUUUAGUGGGAAGUUUGAAGCAAAGAUGUUCAACAGUGGAUAGAAAAAUCUGGAAUGCCUUGAUACAUGCUUAUGCCUUAAGUGGUUGUUAUGAACGAGCUAGAGCUAUUUUCAAUACAAUGAUGAGAGAUGGUCCUACCCCAACUGUGGAUUCCAUAAAUGGACUAUUACAAGCUUUGAUUGUCGAUGGGAGGCUGGAUGAACUUUAUUUGGUUAUUCAAGAACUGCAAGAUAUGGGGUUUAGGAUAAGUAAGAGUUCCAUAUUGUUGAUCCUUGAAGCAUUUGCUCUGGCAGGAAACUUAUUUGAGGUGCAGAAGGUAUACCAUGGAAUGAAAGCUGCAGGUUAUUUUCCUACCAUGCAUCUUUACAGAAUCAUGAUGAGAUUGUUGUGUAAAGCUAAACGUGUUAGGGAUGUAGAAGCCAUGUUAAGUGAGAUGGAAGAAGCUGGAUUUAAGCCUGAUCUUCAAAUUUGGAACUCUAUACUUCAAUUGUAUUCUGGAAUUGAUGAUUUCAAAAAGAUGGCUAUUGUUUACCGGAAGAUCCAAGAUUCUGGUCUACAACCAGAUGAGGAAACUUACAAUACCUUAAUUAUAAUGUACUGCAGAGAUCGUAGACCAGAGGAAGGUUCGACAUUGAUGCAUAAGAUGAGAGGAUUGGGUAUGGAACCUAAGCUGGACACAUACAAAAGCUUGAUUGCAGCAUUUGGCAAGCAACAGCUACUAGAACCAGCAGAGGAACUUUUUGAAGAGCUUAGAUCAAAUGGUUAUAGACUAGACCGCUCUUUCUACCAUUUAAUGAUGAAAAUAUAUAGAAAUUCUGGGGAUCACAUGAAAGCCGAAAAUCUAUUAGGCGUGAUGAAGGAAGCAGGCAUAGAGCCCACAGUUGCUACCAUGCACUUGCUUAUGGUUUCUUAUGGCAGCUCUGGGCAGCCUCAUGAAGCCGAAAAAGUCCUGGAAAACUUGAGAACUACUGGGUUAGUUUCAGAUACUCUGCCUUAUAGCUCUGUUAUUGAUGCAUAUCUCAAACAUGGAGAUUUUAAAGCUGCGACUGAAAAGCUCACGGAGAUGAAGGAAGUGGGCUUGGAACCAGACCACAGAAUAUGGACAUGCUUCAUCAGAGCUGCAAGCUUGUCUCAAGAAUCAGACGGGGCCAUUAAUCUUUUAAGUGUACUCCAGGCUGCCGGGUUUGAUCUUCCAAUCAGGCUUCUGAGAGAAAAAUGCGAGUCAAUAGUUUUAGAAGUGGACCAGUAUUUGGAGAAAAUACAACCUUUGGAAGACAAUGCAGCCUUUAAUUUUGUCAAUGCUUUGGUGGAUCUCUUGUGGGCAUUUGAACUUCGGGCUACUGCAUCAUGGGUUUUCCAGCUGGCAAUCAAAAGAAGCAUCUAUCGCCAUGAUAUCUUUAGAGUUGCUGAGAAGGAUUGGGGUGCAGAUUUUCGAAAAUUAUCUGCUGGCUCAGCUCUUGUUGGUCUUACUUUAUGGCUUGAUCACAUGCAGGAUGCUUCGUUGCAGGGUUGUCCAGAGUCGCCAAAAUCAGUUGUGCUUAUAACAGGAACGGCUGAAUAUAACAUGGUUUCCCUCAAUAAUACAUUGAAGGCAUGCCUCUGGGAAAUGGGGUCGCCUUUUCUUCCUUGUAAGACGCGCACUGGGGUCCUUGUAGCGAAGGCUCACUCCCUCAGAAUGUGGUUAAAAGAUUCCCCAUUUUGCUUGGAUCUGGAGUUAAAAGAUGCCUCAAACAUCCCUGAAUUAAAUUCUAUGCAGCUUGUUGAAGGAUGCUUCAUAAGACGUGGCCUUGUUCCGGCUUUCAAGGAGAUCAAAGAGAGAUUGGGAAUAGUGAGCCCCAAGAAAUUUUCUAGAUUGGCUUUAUUACCUGAUGAUAAGAGAACUAAAGCCAUUGAAGCUGAUUUAGAGGGAAGGAAAGAGAAGUUGGAAAAAAGAAAGAAAAUUGUUGACCCAAAAAGGCUUAGGAAGAUCAAGCAACUAAGGAAAAGGAAGUAUAUCAAGGAAGCUGAGUUGUCCAAGAAAGGUGCGUUAGGCAUACAAAAGACUUUCACGGCUGUUGGCUCAGAGUAAAGCAGGAGGCUAAACCCAAAGAAUAUAAACUCACAACUGUACAGAUUGAUUAACUUCUACUGUGAAUAGAUACUGUGUCUUAUGAUCAAAGAUUUUUAGAUCUCUAAUUUCUACAAUUUAACGAAAUCGUUAUUGCAUGUUGUGAUCCUUGUACGGACCCCAAGACUAGGCGACUAAAUUGUAUGGAUACCUCAAUGCUCAUGAUGAUGUAAUUUUACUGAAAAUCCACUUCCAAGUGUA